GAUUCCUUAAUUUUUUUCAGUUAAGGAAUCUCAUAGAAUAUUAAUUAUACUGCAAUAAUGAUAGAGGAGGCAUCGUUUUCUCGGAGGAGCAGACUUAAAGUUCGCAAUAGAAUUUGCACGGUGCGAUCAGCUCACGUGAUGACCAAUGCCAAAUCAAAAAUUAACGUUAAAAGAAAAAGCAGCGCGUCAGGCGAAGGACCACCGUCGAAACGUACAAGAAAUUCACCGCUUAAUUUAUCGACGUCGAGCAACGAGAAACUGAACGAUUUUGAAAUAGAGGAGCUGCUUCGUAAGAUCAUUGAGGUGACAGAAACAUGGCCGUGUUAUGAUCUCGAAAGUCUGUUUGCCUCUCUCGAGAUAACUUUGGAAAGGAAUGAGGAAGAUUUAUGCUCGGCGGUGGAGUGCCUCGAACAGUUUAAUAAAUUAAGAAGGAUAAAAGUACACGUGAAGAAGGAACAAGAAGACUGAAUUAUCGUAUUUUUUAUCUAUCGAGAUACAUACAAAGCGUACGUGCAAUACUUGCCACAGCUACAAGCAAUGUAUUUAUCCUUUCAUCGGCUAAUCUGUAAUUUUCAGUUAUUCACCACUGUAAACCAUAACGGUCUAACAACCGCCUGUUCAAAUCCGGACCACUUCAUCAAAGAAAAUUGUUGCUAGUCUGUUGUGUGUUUUGUAAAUAAUCUAAUGAUACAUUAGUCGAUCAUUAUCAUUGUUCGUGAUUGUAUAUGUAUACUUAUUUAGAUACUGUACUGCGUGUAUCUGUAUGUGUUAGUGAUCUUUCUGUUCAAAUAUUUUGCGACACGACGUUUCUAGUAUAUGUAUAGUAUGCGCAAAGUAGUGGUGUAUGCAAAGUCGUGGAAGUUAUAUUAAAAACUGCUUAACUAUUAUGAACUAUA